AUGUCAACGUCUACAGAAAAAGGAGAAACGAUCACGGUAGUUGGUUGCUGCAAUGCUGAAGGUAAUUUUAUACCUCCUGCUUGCAUUAUGAAAUGGCAAAGGAAGAAACCUGAAUUUGAAGAUGGGCUGCCUCCAGUUCGGCUGACUCCCACAAGAGCCUACCAUGCCCGUAUGUGCCAGUCGGGUAUCCGGUUAUCCACCCACUCGACCAACAAUAUUCAGAAUGCAGCGGGUUCACAGACCUGA